AUGGCUUUUAUUGAGAGAAACAACCUUGCAACCAAACCCAACAUCUCCCGCAAGAGAAAGUUUGAAAACAUUAAAGUGGAAGAAAAGUUUAACAAGGACCAACUUUCUUUCGCAAAACGUAAACAAGGGCUUUUCAAUAAAGUCACUGAACUUUCCGUUCUAUGCCAAGCCAAAACUGCGUUGAUCAUUACUUCAAAAGAUAAAAAAAUCUAUGCAUGUGGCUACCCUAACGUCGACACUGUGAUCCGACACUUUCUUGACGGACAACAAAAUCCCGUCGAUGGUGAGAAACAGAUGAUGCAAGAAGAGGAAGAGAGCGUUGAAAAUCUAAGGGUUCAGUAUGAGGCACUUCAAGAUCAACUCAAAGAAGAGAAGAAGAAUUUGCAAGUUAUAACUGAGGCACAAAAGAAUGGUUCUUGUUUCCAUUCUUGGUGGAAUGAUUCUAUUGAUGAUAUGAAUUUGGAAUCUCUUGAGAUGUUUAAGACUUCUUUGGAAAAUUUGAAGCUCAAUUUACUUCUUUCUUUGGACGAAAAGAGAAUCCGUUCGUCUUCUUCCACCAUCAGGAAUCAAAUUAUUGGAUUAUAA